AUGAUAGAAAAGACACUCUCCACUCUUCAUGCCUCGAAUGUGCUCUUGCAGCAGCAAUAUCGAGAGAAAGGUUUCAAGAAAUAUUCUGAACUAAGUUCUCACCUUCUUGUGGCUGAACAAAAUAAUGAUUUAUUAAUGAAAAAUCACGAGCUUCGACCUACUGGAUCUACACCAUUUUCUGAAGUGAAUGAGAUGUACGCCCACCAUGCUAGGCAUGGAAGAUCUGGUCGUGGACGUGACUAUGGUCAAGAAAGAAACAAUGUUCCUGGUGUUAGUCAUGUAUCAAAUAAAUGGUUCCAUCAAAAAGAACAAGGAAAGAAUGACAAAUGUGAAGCGAGUAAAGCAUGUGUUUGUUUUCGAUGUGGUGCAAAAGGACACUAUGCACGUGACUGUCGUACUCCCAAAUACUUGGUUGAGCUUUAUCAAGCAUCACUAAAGAAAAAAGAGAAAAAUCCUGAAGCUAAUUUUAUCUCUGAAAAUCAUAUUAACGCUGCUCACUUAGAUGUAGUAGAUUUCUUCGAGCAUCCUGAGGGAAAGAUAGAUCACCUGAUUGGUGAUGGUUCUGUGGCUAUGGAAGAUUGA